GCGCCUCCCAAGCACCGCGUCCUGGAACCUCACGAUGUCCGAGAUCGCUCCUGCUGCUGCACCGGCCGCCGCGCCUCCGGCGGAGAAGGCUCCCGCCAAGAAAAAAGCUGCUAAGAAACCUGCGGGGGCGCGGCGCAAGACGACCGGGCCUCCGGUGUCCGAGCUGAUCACCAAGGCCGUGGCCGCCUCCAAGGAGCGCAGCGGGGUGUCGUUGGCCGCGCUCAAGAAGGCGUUGGCGGCCGCUGGCUACGACGUGGAGAAGAACAACAGCCGCAUCAAGCUGGGGCUCAAGAGCCUGGUGAGCAAAGGCACCCUGGUGCAGACCAAGGGAACUGGCGCUUCCGGCUCCUUCAAGCUCAACAAGAAGGCUUCUGGGGAGGCCAAGCCCAAAGCCAAGAAGGCGGGCGCGGCCAAGCCCAAGAAGCCCGCGGGGGCCGCCAAGAAACCCAAGAAGGCUGUGGGCGCGGCAGCCCCCAAGAAGAGUGCCAGGAAGACCCCCAAGAAGGCGAAGAAGCCCGCCGCGGCUGCUGGCGCCAAGAAGGUUGCCAAGAGCCCCAAGAAGGCGAAGGUUGCCAAGCCUAAGAAGGUCAAGAGCACCUCCAAGGCUGUGAAACCCAAAGCUGCCAAGCCCAAGGUUGUCAAGCCUAAAAAGGCGGCGCCCAAGAAGAAGUAGGCUGUUCUUGUGCAGUUCGGUGGCUACUUCAACCCCAAAGGCUCUUUUCAGAGCCACCACUGAUCUCGGGAGAAAGCGCUGACACUUGUUUACUCCUCGUGCUGCUGGGGCGUGUCCGCCGGUUCUGGGACUGCUCUGCGCUUUCUCGUCCCUUCCCUCGGCGUUCUGCCCAGCGGCCGGGACGGAGACCUUUUCCGCGGUGGUGGACUUUGGCCGCCAGCCCCAUCCUACGCUGAACUGCGAGAAUAGUUUCCGUGUCGGGUGUUCAUCUGGAUUGGACUAAAGGGGAUUCGAAAGUCCCGCCCUGCGCCUGGGUUGGCCCACGCGUCCUCCGAGGUAUUCCCCGGUGUCUCUGGGCGGAAGCCAGCGGUAGUCCUUUUACUAAAGUUUGCAGCAGCCAGUAGUGGGGCAAAAUCCUCAGAACUGGCCUUGCCGACUUUGUGAGGAGGGUAAGAACCUGCAGCCACACCCUGCGUUUUUCUGCAGGAAGGAGCGAUUCAAAUGAUCGCGGUGACAGAGGCCUUGCAUUCCCCGGGAGUGAGGGUGUGGGGGAUUGGGGGCCUAGGCCAAGGGUUCCGGUGUUUUGAGCCGGGUCCCCAGAUAUGAGGAACUGGGUGCCGCGAACGUAGCUUUAGUUACUUUCUGGGUGACGAACAUUGGUCUUCCACUUAAAUUUGGGUCUUAAAGUUCGAGGUUUUUUAAUACUGAUUUGUGCAUCUAAACAUUUCUAUGCAAAGCAGAACAAAGUGUUAACUGCGCAGACGAGAUUUCUAUUUCCAAUAAAAGGCUUUAGUUUUCAUUAGGA